GAAACAAACAUGUAAACACGAGCUGUGCGUAAACUGUAGUUUGUUUAGCGCUGCGAGCUUCGUUGUUUGCGUCAUAUUAACGCAGUAAAGUAACGGAUUCGAGUUAAACACGCAGGUAUUUCCCAGAUGACUGCGUCGUGUUAGUGUCGCUUCUUGUUAUUGUGCUUUUUUAAAUACAGAGUUUAACAUUCACCUGCAGCUGGAACUAAAGACCAUGGCAGUCCAGCCACAGCGCCCCCACGUGGCGGCGGUGGCGUGUCUCCUGGUCAUGCACUACCUGUCCGGGGUCCUCUCCAUCCCGGACCCCCGACACAGGGAGGACCUCAUCCGGCGGGAGGCCUCCAUGCAGACGGGGGGGCAGGUGGUGCUGAGCAGAGCUGAGAAGCGUGUGGACGCGUUGCUGUUUAACAUGAAGCAGAAGGAGGUCCUGAGAGAAGACUUCCCCCCCGCCAUGCACUUCUUCAAGGCCAGAGCCCUCAUCAGGUCCAGUCCCAUCUUCAGCCUGCUGCAGAAGAUGCCUAAAGGAGGCGCUCUACACGUCCAUGACUUCUCCAUGGCUGAUCCAGAGUGGCUGGUGAAGAACGCAACCUAUCGGCCCGACUGCUGGAUGUGCUUCACCGACACCCACUCCGUCAGAUUCAUCUUCUCGUCUCAGUUGCCCAAACCUCUGCCGCGCUGCUCCCACUGGAACCUGCUGGAAAAACUCAGAGCCAAGACCAGCAACAGCACAGAGCUGGACGACAGCAUCCUGCGUAACCUGACGCUCUUCACGGAUCAGGAUCCAGAAAGUGUCUACCCCAGUCAGGAUGUGGUAUGGCACGUGUUUGAACAGUGCUUCUACGCCCUGUGGGGUCUGGUCACUUAUGCUCCCGUCUUCAGAGACUAUUACUACCAAGGCCUGACUGAGUUCUACCGGGACAACGUCAUGUAUUUAGAACUACGGGCUUUACUCCCACAGAUAUAUGAACUGGACGGCAGCACUCACGACUCAGCCUGGACUCUGAAGACCUACCAGGACGUCACCAGACAGUUCACAGACGACCACCCAGACUUCUAUGGAGCGAGAAUCAUCUACACAAUCAGCAGGAGCGUGAAUAUAUCCACGAUGACCAGAGCUGUGGAGACGGCCAUGAAGCUACAGAAAGACUUCCCAGACAUCAUGGCUGGUUUUGACCUGGUGGGCCGCGAGGACACAGGCCGACCGCUGUGGUUCUACAGAGAGGCCUUAUCACUGCCGGCAGAGAGGGGGGUCACGCUUCCUUUCUUUUUCCACGCCGGAGAGACAGACCUGGAGGGCACGGAGGUCGACCAGAACCUAUUGGAUGCUCUUUUGUUCAACACGUCACGCAUUGGCCACGGAUUUGCUCUGCCACGCCAUCCACUGGCCAAAGACAUGUCCAAGAAGAGAGGAGUGGCUGUGGAAGUUUGCCCCAUCUCCAACCAGGUGUUGAUGUUGGUGAAUGAUUUGAGAAACCAUCCGGCAGCUGCUCUGAUGUCGGAGAACCACCCGAUGGUCAUCAGCUCGGACGACCCGGCCAUGUUCGGUGCCUCCGGCCUCUCGUACGACUUCUACGAAGCGUUUGUGGGCUUCGGGGGGCUGAGCUCCCACCUGGGUACCCUCAAACAGCUGGCAGCUAACUCUAUUAGGUACAGUUCUCUGGCUCCAAAUCAACAGGAGAAAGCUUUGGCUCUGUGGCAGAGCAAAUGGGAGAAGUUUGUCUCAGAAACUGACUUUGAGGCGAGAAGACCUUAAUGUCCUUAAAGCGUUUUUUAUUCAAAUUACUUUAUGCAUCCUUUAAGAAAGGAAUGCCUCUUACCUCAGGUGGAUUACAAAUGGAAAUGAUCAAUGUGAACACAGCCGGUUUGUGCUCGGAGCAAAAAUUAGACAUUUAAGCACGUUAGUUGGAAAAGCACAAAUAAUAUAAGAUGGGAAAUGAUUUGGCCAGUGUGAAACAGGCUUAAGCUACGUCUAUGUUUUGGGUUUAAUUCAGACUUUGUUUUUGUAUUUGCACUUUAAGAUUCAUGGUUCUGGUCGAGGUGCUAAAUACUGUUUGAUUUCUCUUUGUGGUUUGUGGCCGACAUAGGCCCCCCCCCGAUCGCAGCUACAUCGCCGUUGGAUCACCAGUUGUGUCGUGUGAACUUUGAAUUAGAGUGAACUAGGUAGUUUGUUGAAAUCGGUGUAAAGUCCCGUGGGGUUCUGAACUUUGUAUUUAAAGACAGUGUUAUUUUCGUAUGGGCUUUUAAUCAGCUUUAUUUGAUAGGACAGAGAGUUUAGUGGUGAAAGAGAGAGAGAGGGGUACAGAGAGAGAGGGGUACAGAGAUAAUGGGGGGGAAGACGUGCACCCACAGUAUUUCUUUACUCGAGUAGUAUGUGGUUUUUAUUGAUCAUUUAUAUUUUUUUUAGCUGUCAUGGGUAUAUGAAAGGGUCUUGGCUUAUGUCAAAUGCCUCAGUCCCUUCCUCCCAGGGUACAGUGAGCUCAAUGAGGAGUACAGGGCGGAGGGAUGUGGUGUUGUGUUCUCAUUGGUAACUGGAGCUGCCGGCCGUGGUCGACUCAUGUUCCACUCAGGGUCAGAGGAAAAGAGUCUCGGUCCUACUCUUGGCUCGGGGACUCCUCCACUUCGUCCGUCAUCUCCUGCAGGUUUGGAACUUGAAGAAGCUCUCCAGGUCGCUUCCUCUUUCCAUGUCCGGGUUCCUUAGGAUGAGAGUUUAGAGACACAGUGAGACAAAGUGCUCCGUGUGGAGUUUAAAGAAGAAGUGUUUUCUAAGUGUUACUGACUUGUCUCUGUAGUUCGGCAAGUUCCAUGUUGGAGCUCUCCACCUGUCGACUCAUUUGCCUGCUCAGUUUCGCCUGCUUCCUCUCGAAUAGCAGAGCCGAGCGAGCAGAGGCCACGCGAACACGAUCGUGUUGCUCCUCCUCUCGCUUGUUCUCUAAUUCGAUCCUCUACAGACGCACAGAGAACAGACAUGAGACAGGUUCUUACAGACUGGUUUUCCAAAUAAAUGAUCAAAAACAG